UUUUUUUUUAAAUUUUUCCCUCUUUUACUCUUUCUCUCUCUCUCCGCCCCACAUACACACACACAGAUUUUUUUUUUUUUUUUAUAAAUAGUUCCUUAGAGACCUUUUUAUUUAUUUAUACAGUAGUUGAGGGAGAAGAAUGACAUCGAGAUAUCACUUGCCCACUAUUGCUGCUGUUGCAGGCAUUGCCUUGGCUGCUUCCAGUUAUGUAUUGACCAACAAUAGUUAUGAAUCGAAAAAGAGAAAAAGAAGAGUUAGGUCCAAAAUACAAAGAGAACGUGAUGGACAGUUUAUUUUAGGUCUUGUGAAUGUACAAAACUAUUGCUUUGUCAAUUCGGUUUUACAAGCUUUUGCUACUUUAGCUAGCUUACGUUCUUAUCUGGCUGAACGCGUUGAUGAACAAGGAGAUGAAUCUGCACCUCAAGUACCUCAGAAUGAGUUUAUUUUACAGUCUGUUGCGUGUGCACUGUAUGCUACGAUUGAAAUGUUGAAUCGACCUUUACCGAGACCAAGAUCCAUCACACCUACAGAUUUUUUGAAUGCGCUGGAAAGGAAAUCAGGCGGAACGAUCAAUCGUGAUCAACAAGAUGCUCAUGAAUUAUUCCAAAUUAUAUCCAGUGUAUUAACCUCAGAGGAAGAAAUUCAAUAUCGUGAGAAUGCCACUUCUUUAUUAGACGCUGCCACGAUCCGAGGCUUUACAGUGGGAGAAAAUGAUGCAAAUGACAAUUUUGAAACUUCGUCGGUAUCUUCGUUUGGAACUUCGGCUUCCAUGUGGAGCUCAUUUUCCGUUUGUACCGUUGGCGGAAAUUUACGUCCGAGACGCCGUAGCCCCAAAAAUCCUUUUACAGGUUUAGCUGCAUCCAAAAUCAGCUGUGUCAAUUGUGGAUACACCGCACCUAUUCGACAUCACACCUUUGAUAAUAUCUCAUUGACGGUGCCUCAAGUGUCGAGUUGUUCUUUAGAGAGUUGUAUCAAGACAUACACAAAAGUUGAUAUUUUGACCGAUUUCCAAUGUCGAAAGUGUACAUUAAUCACCACGUUGCAAACCAUGACGCAAGAACUGGAAUCUGUUUCAGGUAAGGACGAAGAAAGAGCGCAGGUCUUGAUGCGAGAUAUCGGAAGAAUUAAGGAUGCCUUACAGUCGAAUGUGGAAGCCGUCUUGUAUGGGGUUCCCUUAGUAAGCCCUAGACAAGCACCAUGUACUACGAAACAAACCAUGUUUGCUAAUCCACCUAAAUCACUCUGUCUUCACCUUUCUCGAUCUAUAUACCAUCCAUCUGGUAUAAUUCAAAAGAACCAUUGUCAGGUUGAAUUUUCAGAAUAUUUGGAUUUAGCCCCUUAUACAACCAACGGCUACAUGAACACGACGGAUCCUUCUGCCUCCCUGAGUUCACCCCCACCUACACCCAUUUUACCGCAUACACGUACAAGUCGAGCGAGUCUAGUGUAUCUUCGUAACAUGACCAAUGGACAUCGAUUUACACAUCAUCAACACAGUGCUUCUGCCCCAGAUGGAUUAAACGUGGCCCUGUUAUCGAGUAAAGAAGAUCGUACCGUUCAAAACGCAUUACCUUCACUCUCGGUGGUGGUUCCCGUCUCUCGCUCCAUUGGAUAUAAAUUAUGUGCGGUCAUUGUUCAUAUGGGCAAUCAUAAUUCGGGUCAUUUUAUCACUUAUCGUCGAAAGAAGUUACCUACCGGACAUGAAGUUCGUAGUCCUUUAAAUGACAAUCAACCCAAACCUCCUACCAUGUUUUGGAGAUGCAGUGAUGAAGUGAUUGAAGAAGUGGAUUUAGAUACCGUAUUGAAAAGUGAAGCUUACAUGUUAUUUUAUGAACGUGAUGUUUAAAAAUCUUUUUUUUUUUUACCCUUCUGUUUUUUUUGUAUACUAAUCCGUCCCCAUACACACACACACACACCUCCUUUUUUUUUCUCUCUUAAAACCCUUACUUUUUUUUUCAAAAAAAAAACAUGUAAUAAAAUAUAGGAGUUCCGCCCCCCCCCCCCCUUUUUUUAUA